AUGGAUGAUGACGGGUCGUUCAUCCCGAAGGAGUUGGUCGGGAAAGACAUUUAUCAAAUUUUGGGACUCACCUUCGAGGACGCAAAGAAGGACAACAUAAAAAAUAUAAUAAGGAAGAGGUACUUGAAAUCUGCGCUCCUUCUACACCCCGAUAAGUUGGAGGCCUCCUCCAAGGGCACUGGUCCACAUGGCACUGGCCCGCAGGCGACUGGUACAAGCGCAUCCAACACGGAAAGAUUCAACACUCUCAAAAGUGCAUACGAAUUUUUAAUGAACGAGCAGCUGAGGAACAAAUAUAACCUGUACAUUGCACAUCAGAAAACAAAAAAAAAAAAAAAUAAUCCAAGUAGUAGUAAUAUCAGUCUGAGCCGCUUCUUGGACAAAAGAAAACUUGAUGCACAACAGCAGGAAAAAUGGAUGUUCAAAAGAAAAUUGGAGGCACGAGAGAGGGAGAUGGCAAAUAGGGGAGAACAAAAAAACAAGUGGAAAAAUAAUCCAGAGGAAUGGGGAAGCAAUGAAAAAUCAGAUGGUCCCACCGAGAGCAGUUACCAAAACGGGAAGAACAGUCGGAAAAAAAAAAACUCUCAACAGAAUGAGGCAGACAGGGAACAGAAUAAUUUAGAAAAAAUCAAAAAGCAGAAUGAAGAUUUCGUAAGAAGGCACUCCAGCCACCCAUCCAGUCAGAAAAAACGCCAAAAAAAUGUCUGUCAAGGGGAAGACAUAGGCGUAGACGUAGACGGAGAUGGAGAUGGAGACGGAAGGGAUAGAGUUAUAGAAGUUUACCUGGAUAACUAUCCACACAAUGUGGAUCUGUUGCAAAGGUACAUAGAGCAAAAAGAAUUAUUAACCGUCUUCCUCGACUUUAACAUUCAAAAAUAUUACCUGAACAGGAAUGAGGAACAGACUCAAUGUGAAAGGAGGGUUGGCAUGUUUUCCUUUAGUAAUCGCACUGAGGCCAUUCGUGCGUAUUUACACUUCAAAAAAAAUGGUAAGCACAUUGAUCGCCAUUUUAAACUGAGGCUGGCGGUGCCUUGCAACGAGGGAGUAGAAAUGCGCUCGCAGGGAGAAAGCCCUCAGAAAGGAGGAGAAAACGAAAAACCAACCAAGGACAACGUCGACAGGAUGAUGAACGAAAUGGUGGACGAACUGGACAAAAUGUUUUCCCUCUGA